UUCCGCGGCCGCCGGGAGUGCGGGGUCGGUCGGGAGCUGCGGAGCGGUGGAGUGUCUCAGUCUGUAGCCAAGAUGUGGCUGUCCGUGUCCAUCCUGUGUGUCCUGGUCGCCUUCACCAAUGCUCGCAGCAUUCCUCACUACCUGCCUCUCUCCAGCGACUUGGUCAACCACAUAAACAAGCUCAACACCACCUGGAAGGCAGGGCACAACUUCCACAACACUGACAUGAGCUAUGUGAAGAAGCUUUGUGGCACCUUCCUGGGUGGGCCCAAGCUCCCUGAGAGGGUGGAUUUUGCUGCAGACAUGGAGCUGCCUGAUACCUUUGACUCACGGACACAGUGGCCUAACUGCCCUACCAUCAGUGAAAUAAGAGACCAGGGGUCUUGUGGCUCUUGCUGGGCUUUUGGCGCUGUAGAAGCGAUUUCAGACAGGAUCUGUGUUCACACGAACGCCAAGGUGAGCGUGGAGGUCUCGGCGGAGGACUUGCUGUCGUGCUGCGGCUUCGAGUGUGGCAUGGGGUGCAAUGGUGGUUACCCUGCUGGCGCGUGGAGGUACUGGACAGAAAGGGGCCUGGUGUCUGGAGGUCUCUACAAUUCUCAUGUGGGCUGCCGUCCCUACUCCAUCCCACCCUGUGAGCACCAUGUCAAUGGCUCCCGGCCACCCUGUACCGGGGAGGGAGGAGAAACCCCAAGGUGCAGCCGGCACUGCGAGCCUGGAUACUCACCCUCGUACAAGGAGGACAAGCACUACGGCAUCACCUCCUAUGGCGUCCCUCGCAGUGAGAAGGAAAUAAUGGCUGAAAUCUACAAGAAUGGCCCAGUGGAAGGAGCCUUUAUUGUCUAUGAAGACUUCCUGAUGUACAAGUCUGGGGUCUACCAGCACGUGUCUGGUGAGCAGGUUGGAGGCCACGCCAUCCGGCUCCUGGGCUGGGGUGUGGAUAACGGCACUCCUUACUGGCUGGCUGCUAACUCCUGGAACACCGACUGGGGCGAUAACGGCUUCUUCAAGAUCCUCCGAGGAGAGGACCACUGCGGCAUCGAGUCCGAGAUUGUGGCCGGCGUCCCCAGGACAGAGCAGUACUGGAAGAGGAUGUAACCUGAUCAAACAACCCUGGGUCCCUGAUGCUUUUAACUGAUAGUGGUUUGGGUGCAGAGCCCCCCCUUCUAAGAGACUAUAGUUGAGGUUACUUUAUUAAAGCUUUUUAUCUUUUUUUUUUUUUUAACUGUAUGGUGGAGCUGGAGGUGGAACUGCUCUCCACCACCCCUCUGCUCCUGCUGGGCUGCAGCUAUGGGACAUUCCCUGCUCAAAGGACUGCUGAAGGGCUUGUUGGCCUCUUGUGCCAUGAUAUUUGGUUAGCCUGGACCCCUUCCAGCCAUAUCUGUAGCUGGGAAGGUAGGAAGCAGUAGCUUUGUGCUGGGACUAGGGACUUGGUGGGGUGGUGGAAAUGGACCCUGCUGGGAAGCCACAGCCAGGGGUGAUUUGUACCCCCCCUGGCUGAGUUGUUCUGACUCUUGGUGCCCAAAAUAAGCAGGGUAUGUUAGCGUGUGCCUUGAACUGGUGAAACUUAGAGCUAUUAAUGAUGAUGUACUGAUGAACUUGAUAUGGGGCUGGCUCUGGACGGAGCUGUGUUAAGGCCCCUUCCUGCCUGCAAUAAGUCCUUUGUGCAUUGCUUGCUCCAUCCACUCGGCUGCUUUUUAAACCACUUGUUCCUCAGCUGUUUAUCUGCUUUUUCUGCUGUAGUCUGGGGUUAUUGGUCCUAAGGAAGGGCCUGGCUGGAGCUCCAUGAGCCCUUGACCUAAUAUCCUGCAAGCAUCUAGGAGCACGAUGGAAGGAGCAAACCACUUCCUUGCAGCUUGAUGUGUACAGCAGGGUCAUGCCUCGGUAAGGUGCUGCAUCCAACCCUGAUGUGUUGCUUUGGGAUGGCCUGUGAUGAAUGCUGAGCAGGGAUGAGGGAUGUUCCUCAGGUCUGCUGCAGGGAGCUCAUGCAGAUGCUUGGAGGAUUCUUGCUAACUUGCACACAGUGGAAGCUUUUUUCUUUCCUUUUUGAGCCACAGGCAUUAAGGAAGAAGAAAAAAAUCCUUAUUUUUAUUACUGGGGGAGGUGUAAUAGCUGUGUAGGAAGAAUUGUGAUUUGCUGACACUAAUACAGUGAAAGAGAAUUUCUUUUCAUUUUAAAGCACAAAGUAUAUUGCUGAGGCUACAUGUCUGAACACAUGAAGCAGGCUCUCCCUUGCACUGUAAAAUAGCCCCUUGCCUCUGCUGACUCACCAGUGAGACAGAGCUGUGGUGUAUGUGAUUGGAACAACUGUGCCAAUAAAUGAUUUCUCCAGUG